AUGGUUUCUCCGAGCCAUGACACACCUGGCGUCAAGCGCCGCAAAAGUAUCCUCGUAACAGAGGCUUUGGACCUCAUCGACCAGGCCCAGUCUGGCUCUGGCGACGUCGGGCAGGAUGAAGUGGAGACGCUCCUGGCCGCCAUGGGCCUGUCGGAUGAGGAUGCCAAGAAGGUCCUCCGGGCCGUUUUCGAUCGGCGAGAGAAGACCACUUACGACUCUGUGACUGAUGCAAUACUGACACUGACAAGUGUCACGGAGAGCAACCUUGAAGCAAUGAUCGGGCGAGUUUCGCUGUUCAAGAGGGCAUUCCGCAAGAUCGACGUCGAUGGCAAUUCUAAAUUGAGCUUUGGAGAGAUCGUUGGAAUGAUGGAUUCUCUGCAAAUGGAGAAGAAGUUUGCCGCUGAAGUGUUCUCUUUCUUGGAUGCGGAUGAUUCCGGCGACAUCACCUGGCAAGAGUUCGUCCGCGGUGUCAGCGAUGCUCAGUUUUCUGUACGCUUUCCGCAGAUUACGCUGGAAGCCUUGGUGGCCUUGCCUUCCAGCCUAGCGCGGGACAGGCUUAUCAGCGCAGAAGAGGAGGCUGAAGCAGUCAACAACCUCCCUGCCGUGGAAAAGUCGCUGUAUUGGUUGCUGUCUUUGAUGUAUGGUCGGUCUUCCCCGAACCGAAUAGCUCCAAUGGAGGAGGAGGAGGAGGACCUGAGCAGUGGCCCCAGGCUUCAGGAUUCCCAGGAUUCCGAGCCGCUACCUGGCAUGAAGUUGCCAUGGUUCGCAUCUGAAAGAUCGGAAAAGAAAGAUGCGAACGAGCUCAGCCCCAGCUGCAGCUCCAGUGAUUCAGAGCUGACGGCAACGACCAGUGAAUCAUCCCAUGCACCCACGGAGCAUGCCGUGACGGCGCCGUGGCCAGACUCACCAUACGCCGUGAAGUCGCGCAAG